CGUCGCUCGUUGGGUAGAUGGUAUCGUUUCUGGGACGAACACACUUUCGAGAGGUGAGAUGUAGAGUAACAGACAGACACACGGACAGACCCAAGUACUGUAACCCUCGCUGCGCAUGCGCGCCGAGGGUUAAUAAGGGAAAGCACAUACCGAUAUGCCACAGAGAGUUAGGGCCUGCAACGGAGUAUGGGCGCCGACUAGCUGUUAUCCCCCUCCACCUCAAUGCUGUAUUGAUUGGAUCAGUAAUGCGGAUUGCAGACAGUAUUCUGGAUCUGGACACAUGAUACCCCGCACAGUGGAUUGGAGCAAUUACGAGAGACUCUCCAAUUGUUGGGAAUUCUUCUCUGACUUGACUAACAAAGCUGCGUAGCUCAUUGUCAUCCAUAGACCUCAAAAUAUCCGAAUCAUUAAUGCCCAACUCCCUUCGCCUCCU